CUAGACGGCACGGUGCUCAGUCUGCCUGUCACUCGGCUCACCAUAGCACUGCUGUCCGGGCUGCACCGUGCCUGCCUGUCAGCGCUCACACUGCUCCGGACACGACCGCCCGCAGCCCCUAGCCGUGCCCACAGCUCUCUCGCCCGGCUGUAGCCCCUCUCAGGCAGCUGCCAGACACAAGUCGCCGGGGGAGCGGGUGAUGUGACAGGCUGGACGCGCGGGGCUGACAGGACGGGGUCUGAUUGACGAAAAGGAGGAAAAGUUUUCCAACUCUGUGGGGUCUCCCCGCCGGAGCGCGCAGGGAGCGGCGGCGACUUGUAUGUGGGGUGACCUUGCUCCCCGCUCUCUGGCUGGAGGGUGUGACUGGUCACAUUCGGGGCAGUGGUCGCCUGUGACUGCGCGUCGCCUGCUCGGAUUUGUCUGCUCUGGGUUUGGAGAUCUGUGAGGAGGGAUCCGCUCACCGCCUGCCAUGUCAUCGGAAAGGUAUGGAAACUAAAGGCUAUCACGGAUUCCAGGAAGGAGGAGAUAUGGAGAGACGAUGGGGUCAGGUGCCACAGACUAUGGAAUUGUCAUCUUCCGGGCAGCAGGAUGCCGAUUCUUACAUGGAAAUUGUAAAUGUGAGUUGCGUACCUGGGACCUUUCCACAAAAUGCCACAGAAAGUGAAGAGAAAGAGAAACAAGCUCUCCCGCCUUGCCUACAGCAAGAUAGUAAUCAGUCUGGUGUUUUAAUACAAGAGUCUAAACCUGAAUUGGAGUCAAAAGAACUUUCUGCAACUGUAGCAGAGUCUAUGGGAUUGUACAUGGAUUCCGUACGGGAUGCCGAAUUUGCGUAUGAACAGCAAAACCAGCAAGAAGUGAUUGGUACUGGAAAUAUUUACCAAAAUAUGGAGAACUUUGUGAAAUUUUACAAGCACAAUGCUUGUAGCACUUUUCCAUUAGACUGCCAAAACCAAUCUGUAAGCUCUAUUUUGGACGUUGACAGUUCCAUGAACGGUAAAGCAAAUAGUAAUACUUUAAGGAGCCCCUCUUCCUGCAAUGAGAAAUGUUCAACAACUAAUAGCCCAUCCAACAUGGGACUUUCUGUUUGUAGUCCUACUGGAAUUGACUCCGUCUCUUCAACUACUUGUUCCACCAAAUUUGGAAAUUUUAUAGUGCACAGUCCAGUUACCCAGGGAACUUCUGUUUCAUGCUCACCAAAUGUUGAUAAUAGAUGUUCUAUCUCACAUAGUCCUGCCCAUACUAGUACAGUGGAGUCCCCUUUGUCAAGCCCAUUGAGUAGUUUGAGAUCGCCCAUAUCAAGCCCACCAAGUCACUGCAGUAUAAAAUCCCCAGUAUCAAGUCCAUUAAAUAUUGCAGUGAGGCCCAAUGUAUCCAGUCCCGGGAAUAUAAACUCGAGAUGUUCCCUCUCCAGUCCUUCCAAUGUCAAUAAUAGGUCCACUAUUUCUAGUCCUGCUGCAGGUUCCAUGGGAUCUUCUAUCUGCAGUCCAGCACACAACACUUUAGGAUUUCCUUCUGCUGUCUUGUCUACAGAAUGUCGAACUGAUGCCACCAAUAUCAGUACAGAUGCUAAGGACAAAGCUGCUCAGCAACUCUUAUUUCCCAAGAUGGAAACUAUGGAUAAUGAAAUUAGUGACAGUGGCACAAGCGGCCUGAUAAAGUUCAUUAAGCCAGAUCCUGAUGCCACGUUCAUUGAUUCCUGUUUUGGAGAUCGCUGUAAGGUUGCUUCUGAUGCAGCGUUUCCAAUCUCUGUAAAGCAAGAGCCUGGUAAAAGCACUUGUUCUAGUUCUAUGUUUAAACCAACCCAAUCGGCAAACCCGUUUCCAUUCAUGGAUGGUUCCUACUUCACUUUUAUGGAUGAUAAAGAUUACUAUUCCCUAUCUGGAAUACUAGGACCACCUGUUUCAUCGUUUGUUGGCAGUUGUGAAGGUAAUGGAUUUCCUAGCCAAAGCCUCAACAUGGGGAUUAAACAGGAGGCUGGUGAUAAUUUUUUUCCAGAGAACUCCAUGCCUUCCUCGGCUAUUGUGGGUGUUAACUCAACUGGACAGUCAUUUCAUUAUAGAAUUGGCGCUCAAGGCACGAUCUCUUUGAGCAGACCUGUCAAUAGAGAGCAGCCUUUCCAGCAUUUGAGCCCAUUCCCUCCAGUUGGUUCACUGGUGGAAAAUUGGAAAGCUCAUUCUGAAUUGUCUCAAAACUCUUUGUCAUCCAGAAGAAAUGAUGGUUUUCCGGGUCCAGGAUACAUUCCAGAAAACGUCUCGAGUUCUGCACUACGAACCAUGUCAACUGGGUCAUCAAGACCUUCCAAAGUUUGCUUGGUUUGUGGCGAUGAGGCAUCUGGAUGCCAUUAUGGAGUAGUCACCUGUGGAAGCUGUAAAGUCUUCUUUAAAAGAGCAGUGGAAGGUAAAUGUUCAAGACAGCACAGCUAUCUCUGUGCAGGAAGGAAUGACUGCAUUAUUGACAAGAUUCGGAGGAAGAAUUGUCCUGCAUGCAGAUUACAGAAGUGUCUCCAGGCUGGGAUGAAUUUAGGAGCUCGAAAGUCAAAAAAGUUGGGAAAAUUAAAAGGAGUUAAUGAGGAACACCAGCAACCACCACCACAUCAACAGCCUCCACUACAAAGUCCAAAAGAGGAACCAACAUUCACAUCCACGUCAAAAGAAACCUCUGUAUCCACAAACACAACUAUCGUUCCAAUUAUAUCUACUGUAUCCCCUGGACUUUCCCUGUCAGCAGCUGUAAUACUUGAAAACAUUGAACCUGAAAUAGUGUUUGCAGGAUAUGACAAUGCCCAGCCAGACACAGCGGAGCACCUCUUGUCCAGCCUCAACCGUUUGGCUGGGAAGCAGAUGAUACAGGUGGUAAAAUGGGCAAAAGUAAUUCCAGGAUUUCGAAACCUGCCUCUUGAGGACCAAAUUACUUUAAUUCAGUACUCCUGGAUGUGCCUGUCUUCGUUUGCUUUGAGCUGGAGGUCGUAUAAACAUGCAAACAGCCAAUACCUGUAUUUUGCUCCAGACCUGAUAUUUAAUGAAGAUCGGAUGCGCCAGUCUGCCAUGUAUGAGCUUUGCCAAAGUAUGCAGCAGAUAAGUCUGGAGUUUAAUCGUUUGCAGCUAUCCUUUGAGGAAUACACAAUCAUGAAAGUUUUGCUACUACUUAGCACGGUUCCUAAAGAAGGACUUAAAUGCCAAGCUGCGUUUGAAGAAAUGAGACUGAAUUACAUUAAAGAACUGCGGAAAAUAUUAAUGAAGAGCCCACACAGUGCUGGACAGAGCUGGCAGCGAUAUUUCCACUUAACUAAACUCCUCGACUCCAUGCAUGAUGUGGUCGGCGAUUUAUUGGAAUUCUGCUUCUACACAUUUAGGGAAUCUCAGGCACUCAAAGUGGAGUUUCCUGCAAUGCUUGUGGAAAUAAUUAGUGAUCAACUACCAAAGGUGGAAUCUGGGAAUGCUAAGCCUUUGUACUUUCAUAGAAAGUAACUGGAAGAGUCUUACAGGAGAACUUUGCCUUAAGUUUCCUCUGAUGUUCCAUACCCAAGCUGGUUCCAAGAAAUGACUCUUGUCAUUCAAAAACAAAACGACGAGAAUGAAUCGCACUGUUUGGGCACUGAAGACAUGCCAGGAAGAAAGAGAGUUGCCGCCAGCACCCCAAGCGCUUGAAAAUUACUCCUAUUUCUAUGGAUAAAAAGCCAUAUCUAGUCAAUAACUGAUUCAUUUUGAUAUUUUAACAAUGAAAUUUUAAAAUAUGCCAUGGAGUUUAUGGUUUUGUUUGUUUUAAUGGGGUUCAUGGACUCAGAAAGACUUUUUAAAAGGUUACCCUUGGUUUGCACAUGUUUGGUCAUUAUGGGGCAUUAAAUAUUCUUUUAAUGUAUCGAAAAUAAAAAUAAAAAGCUAUUGUAUAAAAUAUUAAGGAACAUUUGAUGUUGAAUAUCACUACCCAUUUGUGGCAUUAGUUGUCCCAUGUGAUCAUGUUGCAGAAUGAAGGUUGUGACCAUUUUUGUCAUAUUUGCUGCAGAGAAAGAGAGAGAGAGUUAAAAUCAGCAGUGUGUCCCCUAGUUUCAUCUGACAUAUACGCAUGCAGCAAUUUCCCCAGAAACCCUAGUGUGUAAUGUCAACAUUUAUUUAACUAAAAGGCAAAUAGAAAGAUGUAAAACUAAUACCCCCCUCUGGAUUUAUAUUGUGCUGGCUUUACACAGUCUAUGCUGUACUGUAUAUUGCUGUAUAUGUAUAAAUUGUGAAGGACCUGGAUCUAAAAAUGUAUGGUAAUUUUGUAAAUGAGACAAACAAUCUUUAAUGACUACAGAUGAAUGGAAAGCAUAGGAAAGUAUUUUUGAGAGAAUUCUAUUUUGAUGGAGAAUAUUUAAGUACUAUCUUUGUCUAAGGUAAUUUUUUUUUGUAAAGUGAAAAUGUUUUGCAUGGAUUCUGAACUGUUUACAGUGUAUUUAAGGAAGGGAAAGCUGUGCCUUUUUAGCAUCAUAUCUAAUUUACCAUUUUGCAAUAUCUGUUUGUAAAUAUACAUACUUUAACCCCCUUUUCAGUUAUAUUUAAGCUUUUCUACUUUUCUGUAAAAAAGGAAAAUGUUCUACUUUUUGUGUACUGCUUGCAAGAAACAUUGGAGCACACUUUCUAGGAAUCCUUUCUCUUUCCUUGUGAAUUACACUAUUUUAACCUUCAAGGUGGAGUUACUGUAAGUAUCUUGAAAUUAGCUAUAUCAUAGGAAAAGGCUUCCUGAGAAAUUUACUGAACACAAAGCCUUCUUACGGGAUCACAGGGUCCCACAUUUUGUUUUUUAAGGCUAUGCUUGUUGUAAGGGGAAACGAAAAACGUCUCCAUGUAUCAGUUGUUAGAGUUAUGAGAAAGCGAGGUGUGAUGAGGCAUGCCAAAAAUUAACUUUCUAGAGUGCACUUUACUUGCUGUAUCACAUAAUCCAAAAUCUCCAAAUCUACAUUAUCUAGAGUAUAUUGGAGCUCAUACAAUUGUACCGGUUGCCAAGCCUGAUCUAUACCAGGGUAGACUUCAGCUGGCACGUAAGGGUUCCUGAAAAUGUUAUGUAUUUUGUUAGAGAGCAGAUAUAUUUAAAAUUAAUUUUUUUAAUAUAUGGCAUUACCAUAUAGUAUGGCCAAGUUUGCACUUACCAAAUAAUGUUCAUAUAUAAGAACAUUCAUAAAAGUGCCCAUGCUCUCACACAAGAUUAUACUUUGGCAAUAAAAAGAUUUUUAAACUUGUAGUGAAAGUUAAGUGAAAAACUGUAAAAAAAUAAAUAAAUGAUUAGUGGGUGUGUGAAGAGAAUUCGGUACUAACUAUUGAGCGUUUGCAGAAUCUUUCAUUUUCAUGUAGGGAUAAUUGAGAUACAAAUUUAAUACAGCAAAUGUAUAGAAAAAAAAAGAUUUUAGCUGUAAUAUGUGAUCUGCAGUCAGCAUCAUAGUAGUUUUAAGCUACAAUCUCUUAUGACCUUGAUCUUCAACGAUGAGAGUGCUGGUGCUCCUUAUAUUUGCACAUUUCUUCUCUAUUGCCUGAAGGCCAGGUGUAUAGCACUUUAUACACUGUGUUUCCCUAUGAAGGGAGAUAAUAGUGUGCGGCUGCGCAAACCUGGUCCAAGCAAGUCGCAGAGCAUUUUAAAAGAUCCAGGAUAGUCUUACUCUGCUGACUGGUGACAACAUGGCAGCUCUUUAAGUCACUGUGGGUAUUCAGAACACAGGAAAGCGGCAUACAGCCUGACAUAACUCUUUGAAUACCAGUUGAGUAAGGUAUUGGCUUAAUAAGUGGUAUUCUACAACUACAAUGGAAUCUUACAAUGUUAUCAAAUGUUUUUGAUGGAACAUCUAUACAGUUUUACACGAUUUUCUAUUAACAAAAACUUAGGAUGUAAAAACUUUUGUCAUCGUGUCUUUGUGUUAUCCCUAAAAUGACCAUGCUUUGUUAUGAGAAUAAACAAUUGUAUAGUCAUUUAA